UCCGACCUCGCACUGUUGACUGAAAUGCAGAAGGGACACUUUCCCGGCUCAUUUAUAAUGCAGGGAAACUAACUGGGGAAGGAUGUAACCCUUAAAGGUUACUUACAUUUUUUUUUAAAAAAGGGGAGUUGUCUUGAUAGGAUGGAGAUGCGCUUAUCCCUUCCAGAUGGGUCAAAACUCAGACGAGAAGCAGCACAGGAAUCCCAGGUAGUGGAGGUCAUGGGUGGAUUCCCUCUGGAUGCCUUUAUGAUUCCAGACGACCCCGAGGAAAGAGAUGUGUGGUCCAUGGAGAUGGGAGACGACUCCGUCUUCUACAGCGACGACGAGGAAACUAUCAGACCAUCCGAUUUUGGCGCCAGCAAGUGCAGACAUCUUGUAAACAGUGUGGCAGAGUGUGGAAUCAACCAAAAGCAUGAUGAUGAUGCAGGAGACGGCGUUAUUCACACAGAAAGAAGAGAGAUGGAAAUGACCCGGAAGGUCAGUUGGACUGAAGAGGAAUUUCAAAAGCUUGGAACAGCAAAAGCUGAAAGAACGUACGUGUCUGACCCUGGAGAUGCAGCUGCUGGGUUUCUGAGAGCUUGUGAGCAACUUCUACAACCAAAGUGCACCACACCAAGCGUGCAAACACAAUAUGAGCCCAAUAAACCGGCAGGAAAAGAUGUUUCCUUUCUUCUCUCCUCAGUGAAUCGACGCAUUCAGGAGGAGGUGAAGGUAGAAACACAGACAUCAAACCCUAACCUGUUUGAUGUGUUUAAUGAGGAGGGUUGCACACGGCUGAACAGGGAAGCAGACAUCCCUGAACAGCUGUCUGCUGAAUUCAAGAAAUCAAGAGACGGGCAGCUCCAAGUGCUGGAAACCAAGCGCAGCUUUCAAGUCCAUGCCGAGCUCCCUGAAAACCCAAGACGGUCUGCUCUGCCUCCCCUGAAGAAGUCGGCAUGCAGCGCCUUCAACCACCUCACCUCCUCCGGAUACAGCACCGUGUCCUACCGCAGGAUCCGCAGGGGCAACACUCAGCAGAAGAUAGAAGACUUCGAAUUCAUGCUCAUGAAACAGUAAGAAGAUGGACUUUCAAGGUCAAUAUGACCCAUGAAAAGAAAAAAAAAAAGGCAAAACUAUGCAUUAUGCUUGCAUUUUUCUACUAACAUUUACCCGUCACAAGGAUUGGAAGCAUAUGCUGCUGUUCUCCGAGGUCAUAAUUAUUUCACAAAGUAUUUCUAAAUUAAAACAUCCUUGUGUCUGUUGUGUAAAUAUCUCACCAGCCUUCUGAGAUACUUCUGAGUCAAAAUAGUAAGAUAAAAUAAUAAAUAAAUCAAUGCAGUUAAAUCUCUUUUUUUAUCAAAUUUAUUUUUCCGACCAUCUCAAAAGAUGCUUUUUCAUCAUUUUGUCUUUAAAAAGUUUGAUCACAGGUAAUAAAAUCAUGGAAUCCCAGGACAGAUUUGAUAUGUUUUGAGGCAACACUUCCCUCUAGUGUCAAUGAUUGUUUUUACAUCAGAACCACACGCUAUCAAAAAAAAUGCAGCAUUUAAACCCAAAGAAGCAGCAGAAAGUGUGACGCCCUGAAACAAAUAUCUUUUAUGCAAAAAAC